CUUGGGCAACGUAGCUCUGAGGCGCGGGAUUAGCCGCGGGGCCUCUUGGGUAAUGUAGUUCUCAGUCCCUGAGGGCCCUUGGGGGAGACGAGCUUGUGCGCAACAUUCUGACCCGAAACAGGAGUCGUCUGAGGGGCCACGUCCCGUGACUAAGGCGCGGCCCGUGCUUGCCGGAGGAAAAAAGCCGAAGGAGCCGCCGAGUGAAGUGGGUUCGCUCCCCCCCCCUUCCUCACCGCCGCUGUGUGGAAAAUGGCGGCCGAGGGAGCGGUGUUGCCCCCGCCGCCCGCCAAGGAGGGAGACCCUGAGGCGCUCAAUAGCAUUGAAAUGGAAAGCCCCAGGCCAGAUGUGGAAAUAGCUGAGGAAGAAGUAAAAGGCAAAAAGGAAGAAACAGAGCAAGUGUCUAUAAAAGAGCCUAACAACAGUAACCUAUUGGAUGCAUCAUCUGACUCUCCAAGAGAGAAGCAUAUUUCAAUUCAGAGAACACUUGCCGAUUUAGAGAAACUGGCUGACCUGCAGGAAGGUUGUCUAAUCUCAGCUGCUUCCCAGAAUGCAGAUCACUCUGUGGCAGGAGCUGGCAAGAAGUCUUGUCCACUGUGCCCUGAAGAGAAGUUCAAAGCUUGUUAUAGUCACAAGCUCCAUCGCCACCUACAGAAUCUCCACUGGAAAGUGUCUGUUGAAUUUGAAGGCUACAGAAUGUGCAUCUGUCACUUACCUUGCCGCCCCGUGAAACCAAAUGUUGCUGCAGACCAGAUAAAAAUGGAAGCCCAUUAUCACUGCAUUAUCUGUUCAGCAACUAUUACCCGAAGGACAGAUAUGAUAGGGCAUAUUAAACGUCAUGUGAAUAAAGGAGAAACUGAAUCAAGGUUUAUGCCAGCCCCUGCUCCCAAAUCUACAUAUGAAAUACUAAAAGAAGCAGAUACAGAUGUGCAAGUCCUUCCUAAUUAUUCCACACCACAGAAAACUGAUUCUUAUUUUAAUCCUAAAAUGAAACUUAACAGGCAACUUGUAGUCUGUGCUCUAGCUGUUCUAGCAGAGGAACGAAAACCUUUGGAAUGUCUGGAUGCAUUUGGAGCCACUGGUAUAAUGGGAUUACAGUGGGCCAAGCAUCUUGGAAAUUCCGUGAAGGUCACAAUUAAUGACUACAAUGAAAACUCUGUAAGAAUGAUACAGGAGAACUGUCACUUAAAUAAAAUGAAAGUGGUGAUGAACUUCAAAGAGGAGGAAGACUGUGAUGAAACAAUAGAAGAAGGGGAGGAAAACUUGCCUGCCAUUGAGGUGACAAAAAUGGAUGCCAAUGUCAUCAUGCACUUGAGAGCAUUUGAUUUUAUACAUCUGGACCCAUUUGGGUCAUCAGUGAACUAUCUGGAUGCAGCUUUCAGAAAUGUAAGAAACCUUGGAAUUGUGUCAGUGACAUCAACAGAUAUCAGUUCUCUCUAUUCAAAGGCACAGCAUGUGGCCCAGCGUCACUAUGGCUGCAACAUUGUCAGGACGGAGUAUUUCAAAGAACUGGCUGCUAGGAUGGUAGUUGCUGCUGUAGCAAGAGCUGCUGCUCGAUGCAACAAAGGCAUUGAAGUUUUGCUCGCUGUGGCUCUCGAACAUUUUGUCCUAGUGGAGGUGAGAGUAUUGAGGGGGCCGUCUCCUGCGGAUGAUACUGUGAAGAAAAUCCGGUACCUGCUCCACUGUCAGUGGUGUGAGGAAAGGGUAUUCAAGAAAGAUGGCAACAUGAUAGAAGAGAACCCUUACCGGCAGCUCCCUUGUGACUGCCACAGCCGCAUGACAGGCAAGACAGCAGUGGAACUUGGUCCUCUGUGGUCAGGAUCCCUCUUCAACACUGGAUUUCUCAGAAGAAUGUUAUUUGAAGCAGUUCAGUAUGGUUUAGAAGACAUCCAGACUCUUCUAAAAACACUAAUAUGUGAAGCAGAGUGCACAAUUCUCAAGCAGUUUUCAAUCCAUGGUCCUACCAGCCAGAACAAACAAGAAGAAUGUGGUGUGUUUAUUAAGACACCAGAUACCGCAGCAGAUUACUACGUUGUACAUGGAAAAAGAAAAAAUAAUGAAAACAGCCAAAAUGGAACAAAGCGCCAGAAAUCAGAAAGCAAUGCUGAGCAUCCUGCCUUUUAUUACAAUAUUCACAGGCACAGCAUUAAAGGAAUGAACAUGCCAAAGUUAAAUAAGUUCUUGCAUUAUCUCUCUCAAGCUGGCUAUCGAGUAAGCCGGACUCAUUUUGAUCCGAUGGGUGUUCGAACUAAUGUCCCCCUGGCGCAGUUUAAAUCUAUCCUUGUGAAGUACAGUACACCCACAUAUAUGGGAGCGCAAUCGGAGGGCUCUCUGCAGGCUUCUGACGAGUCUCAGGUAGGCGCUGAUGGUGACUUUGCCGAAGAAAGCACAUAAAGAGAGCCAGUGUGGUGUAGUGGUUAAGAGUGGUGGACUUGUAAUCUGGUGAACCGGGUUCGAUUCCCUGCUCCUCCACAUGCAGCUGCUGGGUGACCUUGGGCUAGUCACGCUUCUCUGAAGUCUCUUAGCCCCACUUACCUCACAGAGUGUUUGUUGUGGGGGAGGAAGGGAAAGGAGAAUGUUAGCCGCUUUAAGACUCCUUCGGGUAGUGAUAAAGCGGGAUAUCAAAUCCAAACUCUUCUUCUAAAGUAACCUCUGCAAAAAUGGUUGUAUUUGAAGAUUUGUGUUAAAAAUGAACCAACAGUCUCCUUAAGAUGUAGUAUUUUGUUUGUGACCCCUCAGCUUUUUUUACCUGUUUCAGGACACUUUUAGAAGACCAUUGAAGAGCACCUGUGCUCCUAUUAAUAUCACAGUUCAGCUACAAAGUUUAUUUAUAUGUUAAUGCAUGCUUUAAGGUUAUCCUACAGUGACCACAAACUUCCGUCUCCUUUUAAUUCCUUCUUCAGAUCUAUAAUAUUUCCUAAGAGGAGAACAUAGCUGGGAGCUGAGGGGGACUGUGGGUGCAAGCAUUACCAGCACCUGUUAAUAAAGUGUUCUAUUCAGCUGUGACUGAAAGCCCCUCAUUUGAUAUGCCAUUGAGAAGCUUAAAGGUAAAGGAAACUGGACAGGCCAAGAUUGGGUAUAUUCCUAGAAAGGCAGAUAUUGAAUACCCAACUCAUGCUAAUAACCAUACAAACCCCAACAUCACAUCUAAACAUUUUUCACUGCCAAACUCCAACUUCCUCAUCACAAGACCAUCAAUGUGAAAUUGUCAAUCUAUUUUUAUAGUUCAUAUGAAUAACUCCCUAUGCCCACUGCUCACUCCAUUCACUCCCUGCCAGAAUGGCAUAAAUUGGAGAUUGUUUUGCAGUAGCUUACCCCAUCCUCUCUGUGCAUCUGUGGCAACCCCUUUUUCCUCCUGCUAGGAAUCUGCUUUCCCCAUACAUUGGGACCUUGGGUUACAUACGCUUCAGGUUACAGACUCCGCUAACCCAGAAAUAGUACCUCGGGUUAAGAACUUUGCUUCAGGAUAAGAACAGAAAUUGGGCUCAGGCGGCACGGCAGCAGCGGGAGGCCCCAUUAGCUAAAGUGGUGCUUCAGGUUAAGAACAGUUUCAGGUUAAGUACGGAUCUCCGGAAUGAAUUAAGUACUUAACCCGAGGUACCACUAUACUUGCCAUUCUAUUAUUGGCCCGCCACUUAGACAUGCUGGAUUUUUAAAAUUGUAAUUUAUCUCCAAACCCAUGAAAUAAGAGGGGAAGCUCCACCCUGACACUUGGUGCUUCCCAUCCCUGCUCAUUUUCUUCCUAACCCAUUUGCAGCACUCUCUUCUUCCCACCCCACAAGUUUUCAUGUUGUGGGACUCACCAAGCGGCUGCUUCCUUUCUCAUUCCCAACCCAAGAACCCAGAGAUCUAGACAGUGAGCUUCUUUCUCCUUGCCUUUUGUCUCACAGCACCAAAGCUCGCCAGCCACUGGUGGUGGUGUAGCAGCUGCAAGUAUUAGCUAUUGAUUUAUUGUCUUGCUAAUUGUCUUACUCUUCUAAUAAUCUAUUGACCUUUUAGAUUUAUAAAAAGGGGGUGCUGAAGAGGAAGGAACAAAAAGUUUACUACAAAUAAAACUAACCAUUUUAAUGUAUAUAAACAACUAGUCAAAAACUAAAAUAUUUUAUAGUUACGAAGACUAGUUUUAGGACAGCAACCUGAAAUUAAACUACAAUAGAAAAGUAAAGCUAUUCCUUCGACUUUCGAAUUCCCUCCCUUUUGUAUAUUUACCAAGAAAAUCAAUAGAUUAUAUUUGUUUGCAAUUCCAAUUUUUAGGGAUUUAUGCAUAUAAAAGUAUUGACUAUGACAUUAGGAAGUUUUAUACUGAAAAGUAUGUCAAGAUGUGACUGAUGUUGGUUUGUAUUUGAGGUUUGUACUAAGGCAUAUUCUUCACAUGUUUUUUAAUGUAAUAGUGAUGAUGUAUAUAAUUUGCAUUAUGGUUUUAUUUAUAUGGUUCUUUCAGUAAGUACUCUUGACAUCACCAAAAUGUGUUGAACGUAUUUUAUAAAAAUCAUAUUUUCAGUA